AUGGACUCUCAACGACCUGAGGAUAGUCUACCGUCUCGAUCCUUGGGCUCAUCAGCUUUAGGUACGCCAGCAAGACCCAAAGUCCAACAACCGAAGCCCCAAGCACUCGGCAAUCGCUCCGGCCCUUCUGCGAUUCUCGUGUCCACGCGACAAAAGGGCAAUCCAAUCCUGAACCAUAUCAAACUCCUACCCUGGGAAUAUGCAGACAUCCCCGCAGACUAUGUCGUUGGCACCACAACAUGCGCCAUGUUUCUAUCGUUGAAAUACCACCGCCUACAUCCAGAAUACAUUUACGCCCGAGUCAAGCAACUGGCUGGCAAAUACAACCUACGCCUGGUACUGGUCAUGGUCGACAUUCAAAACCACGAAGAUAGUCUCAGAGAACUGUCAAAGACAUCCAUAAUCAACAAUUUGACCUUGAUCUUAUGCUGGUCCGCACCAGAGGCAGCGCAUUAUCUCGAGCUCUACAAGUCUUCAGAAAAUGCACAGCCAACAGCGAUCCGCACGCAACAACCGCAGUCAUAUAAAGAAUCGCUUGUCGAGUUUGUAACAGUUCCACGCAGCAUCAACAAGUCCGAUGCCGCAAGUUUGAUCUCCACAUUUGGCAGCUUGCAGAAUGCAAUCAAUGCGCAACCGGAGCAGAUCAGCGCUGUGCCAGGCUGGGGAGAGAAGAAGGUUCAGCAGUGGUGCAGUGCUGUCCGGGAAGACUUUAGAGUUGAGGGCUCGAAGAAAGCCUCCGCCACUGCUCCACAGCGCCGUCAACCGCUCCCUGUGGACGACACAUCCCCUCAGGAUGUAGAUGAGGACGAUGAAGAGGAAGCUAUCCUGCGCGCUGUAUUAGAAGAAAGUCGGAAAACAGCGGUCUCGGAGGCUGCAAAUGCCAGUGGUCCUAGGGCUGACCAGCAGCCUGAAGAACUGAGUGAAGGCAUCACGGCGGCACUUGCGCGGUUGAGAGAUAACGGCAGUUGA